UGUUACUCUUAAUUAGGCGCCAAAGUUGUGUCUGACGGUACUCGUCUGUCGUUAAUCACUGUUAAGCUGGAAACCUGCUAAUUCCAAGUUGAACUUUUGGCUACAGAUCACACAGAUCUUCACUUAACGGUUUAACUGUCAAAGUCGUUUAGCUAAAUUUGUCAAACAUGGAUUUGCUUGAUAAGAACGAAUCUAUAUCUUCCAUUCAAGAAUCAAGAGAUGCUUUUGUCCUCAUGAAACAAAACAGUGUGAUAGAUGAUGAAGUUCAAUUCCGCUAUGCUGUCGACCUCCUCCGUACUACUAGUAGGGAGGCACUUAAUCUCUCCAUUAAGUUAUUCGAAGAAUUGUUUAAUAGCACAAAAGAUGAUGGUCUACGGCGUGACUGUUUGUAUUAUUUGGCAAUAGCUUACACCAAACUGACAGACUAUGAAAACGCAACUCGAUGUUGUGAUAAUAUAUUGGCGGUACAACCAACAAACCAACAGGUCCAAGAAUUAAAGAAUGUCAUACAUUCUCGUGCUAAAAGAGAUGGUCUGACUGGUUUAGCAGUUGUUGGUGGUGCUGUUUUGGGAGCAGCUGCAUUGUUGGGCAUUGGUCUCGGUGUUGGUUUAUCGAAACGUCGAUGAUCUGAGCUAUUCAAUGACUACGAUUCCUAUCAUAUGAGAUUUUCUGAUUAUUUUCUUUCCUUGUUACUGCAAAGUAUGUACAAAUUAUUGUACUAACUUUUGUCAAUUUCAUAUUUUCUAUGUUAAAGCAAUACAUUUGGUAUUUUUAAAAUCUAUUUGACAACCACUAAUUCAACAGCUAAAUGUUUUACUUUCCUCUCACGGCUUUGGAAAUCCGUUUUAGCUGCCAGGUGAUAGAUAUUGAUAAUGAUCAAAACUUUAUUGCUUUAUUUGUCCGAAGAGCUGUCAACAGAAGAGUGUGAGUCUGGAUUUUGGUUUUUUCAGCUCUUUUAUAUCUGUUUAGUCGGUUUGUCAAGUACAAUCGCGCAGAUACAUCCACUCUUUGAGUUCUCUCAAAUCCUAGUCUUCUAGGUUCGUCAACACCUCUACUUUUGUCUUUCUAAACCUGUCUCACUGAAUUAUACUUCUUAAACAAUAUCUUGGAACCCUAAUCCUCUCUA